UCUCCUAAAUUUAUCUCAGCAUUGUUGAGUAAGGAUAAACACACUAUGAACAAUUGUCCCUAGAGCAUCAUUCAUUCACAAUUAAUUUUCUACCAUAUAAGUCUUUCAAAGGUGGAUACCUCUCAAUCUAGAAAUAUUUUAAUGCAGCAAAAAUUUGUGCAUAAAAAACGCUUAUAAAAACACCUCUUCACACCUCAUUCCAAAAUGUGUCUGCAACUCAUCCUCUUAACUUUAAUUUCAUCGUUUCUCUUCCUUUCAUUCAUCCUGCAAUCAUGUCAACUGCAGAAACCUUUGGGGAAAAAAGCCAGCAAAAAAGAAAGAUAGAGAUUAAAAAAAUUACCAACCCGAAUAGUCUGCAAGUCGCUUUCUCAAAGCGUCGUUGUGGGCUCUUCAAGAAAGUCAAUGAGCUUGGCAUCCUCUGUGGUGGAGAGUUUGUUCUCAUCAUCUUCUCACCCAGUGGGAAGGUAUUCUCCUUUGGCCACCCCAGCGUAGAUGAUGUCAUCCAACGCUACCUUUCUGAGGCCCCCCAACAAACUUCCAAUGUCAUGCGAUACAUUGAGGCUCAGAAUGCUCUCAGUGGACAACUCACCGAAAUCAACAAUCGUCUGGAAGAUGCCAAGAAGCAAGUUGAACAGCUGAAUUGCCUACUCAAGGCAGCUUUUUGCCAGUUUGGGUGGGCUUGUCAGGUUGAGGAGAUGGACAUGUCUCCGCUUAUGAAAUUUAAGGCGGCGCUGGAUAAGCUCAAGAAUCAUGUCACUCACUAUGGUUCCGUUGUUGCUGCUACCAACCCACCAACACAUCAAUUAUUUGAUGUUUCUGGUGGUCUUGCCAACGCCAUUAUCCCUUUCAAUGACCCACCUCCACCGCCUCCUCAAACGUUUCAAGAACAAUUUUUUCAAGGGCCCAUGAUGUAAGCUCAUAAAUUGUUUGGUUCAAAUAGCAUGGGAGGGUAUGGAGGACCAUCUGGAUCCUUCUAAGACAAUCUUCUGAUGCCCUUAAA